CGGUCUUCUUCCGGUACGACGUGUGUGUUGACCAACGCGCAAGCCUUUUUCUCUCUUGGCUUUCUGGAGAGCAGUCACUCCUCCGGUGUCCCAGCUUCCUUUUCCCGUCUACCCCUCUCUGUCUUACGGCGACACACAAACUUCUAAACCGCUGGACAUGGCAUCUGUUUCGGCUCCUGCUCAGGCGGUCUCCGCUCCCUCCGCUGGGCUCCAGCGAGGGAUAGUUAAGAUGGUACUGUCGGGGUGCGCCAUCAUCGUGCGAGGUCAGCCUCGCGGCGGCCCACCUCCGGAGCGCCAGAUCAACCUGAGCAACAUCCGAGCGGGCGCCCUGGCCCGACGAGCCGCCCAGAGCCAGCCCGACACCAAGGACACCCCCGACGAGGCGUGGGCCUUUCAAGCCAGAGAGUUCCUGCGCAAGAAGCUGAUCGGCAAAGAGGUGUGCUUCACCGUCGAGAUCAAGACCCCAUUGGGCCGCGAGUAUGGCAUGGUCUACCUGGGAAAAGACAUUACGGGUGAGAACAUAGCCGAGUCGCUGGUGAACGAGGGCCUGGCCACGGUGCGGCGGGAAGGAGUCAGGGGCAACAAUCUGGACCAGGUCCGACUAUGUGAGCUGGAGGACCACGCCAAAGCGUCCAGGAAGGGCAUGUGGAGCGAAGGCAGCAGCGCGCACACCAUCCGCGAUCUCAAGUACACCAUCGAGAACCCGCGCAACUUUGUGGACUCCCUGCAUCAGAAGCCCAUCAACGCCAUCAUCGAGCACGUGCGUGACGGCAGUGUCGUGCGUGCCCUGCUGCUGCCGGACUACUACUUGGUCACUGUCAUGCUGUCUGGCGUCAAGUGCCCCACGUUCAAGCGAGAAGCAGACGGCACCGAAUCGCCUGAGCCUUUCGCCGCCGAGGCCAAGUUCUUCACCGAGUCGCGUCUGCUGCAGCGCGACGUGCAAAUCAUCCUGGAGAGUUGCCCCAACCAGGUCAUCCUCGGAACCAUCUUGCACCCGAAUGGCAACAUCACCGAACUGUUGCUCAAGGAAGGCUUUGCCCGCUGCGUGGACUGGUCCAUGGCCGUCUACACGCAGGGUGCCGAGAAACUCCGAGCUGCUGAACGAUCUGCUAAAGAACGUAAAGUGCGCAUCUGGAAGGACUACGUGGCCCCCACAGCCAAUUUGGACCAGAAGGACAGACAAUUUGUGGCCAAGGUGAUGCAGGUUGUCAACGCCGACGCCAUGGUGGUCAAGUUGAACUCGGGAGACUACAAGACCAUCCACCUGUCCAGCAUCCGGCCCCCAAGGAUCGAAGGCGAGGAGAAGAACAAGGACAAAGACAAGCGAUUCCGUCCGCUCUACGACAUCCCCUACAUGUUCGAAGCCCGCGAGUUCCUCAGGAAGAAGCUCAUCGGGAAAAAGGUCAACGUGACGGUGGACUACAUCAGAGCAGCAACCGGCCCAGGCGAAAGCACCCCGGCCUUCUCGGAGCGCACCUGUGCCACAGUCACCAUUGGUGGCAUUAACAUUGCAGAGGCUCUGGUCAGCAAAGGCCUGGCUACGGUCAUCAGGUACCGACAGGAUGACGACCAGCGCUCCUCGCACUACGACGAGCUGCUGGCUGCGGAGGCGCGGGCCAUCAAGAACGGGAAGGGGCUGCACAGCAAGAAGGAGGUUCCCAUUCACAGAGUGGCAGAUAUCUCUGGGGACACGCAGAAAGCCAAGCAGUUCCUGCCCUUCCUGCAGCGGGCCGGACGCUCGGAGGCGGUGGUCGAGUACGUCUUCAGCGGCUCCCGCCUCAAGCUGUACAUGCCCAAAGAGACUUGCCUCAUCACCUUCCUUCUCGCCGGUAUCGAGUGUCCACGCAGUUCCAGGAACACCCCCGGGGGCAUGCAGGUGGCGGAGCCUUUUAGCGACGAGGCCAUGCUGUUCACCAAAGAGCUGGUGAUGCAAAGAGAGGUGGAGGUGGAAGUGGAGAGCAUGGACAAAGCCGGCAACUUCAUCGGCUGGCUGCACAUCGAAGGCGUCAACCUCUCGGUGGCGCUGGUGGAGAACGCCCUGUCCAAGGUCCACUUCACGGCCGAGCGAAGCAACUACUACAAAACGCUGGUGUCGGCCGAGGAGGGGUGCCGGCAGAGGAAGGAGAAGGUGUGGGCCAACUACGAGGAGAAGCCCAAAGAGGAUGUUGUGCACGUGUCUGAGGAGAAGGAGCGCGUGGCUAAAUACAAGCCGGUCUACGUCACGGAAGUCACCGACAUGCUGCACUUGUACGCCCAGGAUGUAGAGACAGGAGGCCAGCUGGAGACUCUGAUGGACACCAUGCGAGCAGAGAUCGCCGCCCAGCCCCCCGUGGAAGGGGCCUACGCUCCACGCCGGGGCGACUCCUGCAUAGCCAAGUUUGCUGAUGGUGAAUGGUACAGAGCCCGAGUGGAGAAAGUGGCAUCGCCGGCGAAAGUGCACGUCUUCUACAUCGACUACGGCAACAGAGAAACCGUGCCGUGCACCCGCCUCGCCGCCAUCCCGCCCGCCUUCAGCACCAGAACGCUGCCGGCGCAGGCCACCGAGUACGCCUUCGCCUACAUCCAGGUGCCGCAGGACGAGGACGCCCGCGCCGACGUGGUGGACUGCGUGGUGCGCGACAUCCACAACAGCCAGUGCCUGCUCAACGUGGAGUACUCUGGCGCCAGCUGCCCGCACGUCACAAUACAGUUCGGCGACACCAAGGACGACGUGGGCCUCGGCCUGGUCAAGGAGGGCCUGGUCAUGGUGGACGUGCGCAAGGAGAAGCACCUGCAGAAGAUGGUAAAGGAAUACCUGAACAGUCAAGAAUCCGCCAAGAGUGCCAGGCUCAACAUUUGGCGCUACGGAGACUUCCGCGCUGACGACGCUGACGAAUUCGGCUACCGGCGCUAAUGUCAACGCGGGGGAAAAUAAUUUUCACGCACAAAGAAAAAAAAAAAAAAAAAACACCAACAAAAACAACCAUCCAAUAAAUGCCAUUCCAAAGACCAACUUGGACACGUGGGGGUGGGAGGAGGCAACUGUGGUGGGAGAGUGUGACUGACUGGACAGAAAAAAAAAAAAAAAAAAACAACAAAAAACACCCCAAAAGCGCUCACUCUUCCUUUUUAAAUUGUGAACAUCAUGGCAAAAAAAAAAAAAGAGGCUCGUGCUUUUUCCGCUCACUUCCUGCGCAAUUUGAUAAUUCCUCGGCUUUUGAGCGACGGCCUCUCCUCCAAUCAUUCUUCUUCAAGGAUAAAUGUUCCUUUUUGUAUUAUUAUUUUUAUUUUAUUUUUUUUGUGGGGGGGCGAUUACUGAAACUUUGCUUCCCUAAUCAACCUCUCCGUGUCGGUGAAUUUAGCGACGAAAAAAAAAAGGGACAAAAAGGGCGACUUUGUUUUGUCUUGGGAGUGUAAAUGGUGUGCACCGUUGAAGUUUUGUCGUCGAAAAGUCUCGCGCCAUGUGGCGGCGGCGUUCUCCCGUCUUCUCUCUUCGUCUGUAAAGUUUCCAUUACGUAGCGACGUCGGCGGGCUAGCCAUCUUUUCUGUCUCACAUUUAUCUCCUCACUUCUAUUGAAAAAGCUCAAUAAAAUCAACAAAGUGACCCCUUU